UUCUAGUCUGGAGUGGCGUCGCUCGCGUCUAAUUGCAGCUCGCUUUCCAUUCACGUUGAGAGCUCUGGUUGGAUCCCGGGGACCGGAGCGGGGGACAAAACUGGGGACAGACGCGCGCUCGAGCUUCAGUAGCGCCGCGAGCUCUCGGUCACCGGAGAACAGAGCAGCGGCCUGAGUAAGCGGACUAUCAUCAUCAUCAUCAUCUUCUUCUUCAUCAGCAGCAGAAAUAAGAGCCUGGAUUUCUUUAUUUCACUCAGUGGAUUAUGGUUAUUUUUUUAUUCUUCUUAUGUCAUUCUUUUUGAACUGUUUCCGAUCAGAGGAAUGUGCGCUCGCGCAAGAUCAAUACAUCCCCUUCGAGUGUAAAUCCGAGCUUAGUAUCUUUUUUUAUCAUCUAUUUGUUUUUUAUUCUCACUGUUUGUGAUGUGAGAUAUUUGCCACGGACAUCAUGAUUCCAAGGUUCUGAAGGAGACAAAAUAAUAAUAAUACAUGGACAUCACUCUGGUUUGUUCCGUGAUGACUGCUGCUGUGUUGCGCGCGGCUCUGCGGGGGUAAUUUUUAAUCCCACCCCACUACCCCCCUCAAGUCACCCACCCCCCUCUCCUCACGCACAGGCACACACAAGUUCUUCAUAUUUUACAUGUUCAACCUUUGUGUUUGUAUGCUUUUAAUUCGUUCCUGCGGAUAAAUCAAGUGGACAUGGAGAUGCUCCUGCUUUGGCUCGCGCUGUGUCUGGCGCACAGGGUCGCCUCGCAGAUCCGUUACUCGGUACCGGAGGAGACGGAACGAGGAACAUUCGUGGGUAAUAUCGCCGAGGACCUGGGUCUGGACCUGACCAAACUCGCUUCCCGUCGUUUCCAGACGGCGCCGGGCUCACGCGGGAGCCCGUACCUGGACGUGAACGUAGAGAGCGGCGCGCUGCUGGUGCGAGAGCGCAUCGACCGCGAGCGCGUGUGCAAGCAGAGCGCGUCGUGCGUGCUGCACCUCGAAGUCUUCCUGGAGGAUCCGCUCGAGCUUUUCCGAGUCGAGGUCGAGGUGAACGACGUGAACGACAACGCGCCCAGCUUCCCGGAGAGCGAUGUCACGGUGGAGAUCAGCGAGAGCGCCACGCCCGGCACGCGUUUCCCGCUGGAAGCAGCCUUCGACCCGGACGUGGGAAGCAACGGGCUCAGGACGUACGAGAUCACCGCAAACGGUCACUUUGCGCUCGACGUGCAGACGCAAACGGACGGGAACAAGUUCGCAGAGCUGGUGCUGGAGAAGCCCCUGGACAGAGAGCAGCAGGCGGUGCACCGCUACGUGCUCACGGCGGUGGAUGGCGGGCAACCGGCGCGCACGGGCACGGCGCUCUUGGUGGUGCGCGUUCUCGACUCAAACGACAACGUGCCAACGUUUGACCGGGCCGUGUACUCAGCGAGCCUGGCUGAGAAUGCGCCCGCGGGCACUCUGGUGAUCCAGCUCAACGCGACCGACUCGGACGAGGGCUCUAACGGAGAGGUGGUCUACUCUUUUGGCAGUCACGUGUCGAGCCGCGCGCGCGAGCUGUUCGACGUGGACGCGCGCACGGGCCGCAUCGAAGUGCGCGGCGAGGUUGACUUCGAGGAAAGCAACCUCUAUCAGCUCUAUGUGCAGGCCAAGGACAUGGGGCCAAACGCUGUGCCCGCACACUGUAAAGUCCUCGUGAAAGUCACGGAUGUCAACGAUAACGCGCCGGAGAUCGCCUUCAGCACCGUGACAGAGUCCGUGAGCGAGAGCGCGGCCCCGGGCACAGUGAUUGCGCUGCUGAGCGUCACCGACAAGGACUCUGGAGACAACGGGCGAACGCGCGUCGAGAUCCUCGGUGACGUGCCGUUCAGGCUCAAGUCUGAGUUUGGAAACUAUUACACGGUGGUCACGGAUGGCCCGCUGGACCGCGAGAUUGCCGAUGCGUACACGGUUACGGUGACGGCUCGCGACGGGGGCUCGCCUCCGCUCUCCUCGAGCAAGUCGGUGGAGGUGCGCGUCUCGGACGAGAACGACAACGCACCCGCGUUCUCGCAGCCCAUUUACGACGUGCACGUCACGGAGAACAACGUGCCUGGCGCCUACAUCUACGCCGUGAGCGCGCGGGAUCCAGACGCCGGCGAUAACUCCAGGGUGACCUACACGGUCUUGGACCGCGACAUUCAGGGCAUGUCGGUCCUCACAUACGUGUCCGUGAACCCGGAAAACGGCUACCUGUACGCUCUGCGCUCUUUCGACUACGAGCAGCUCAAGGAGUUCAGCUUCACGGUGGAGGCGCGGGACGCAGGAAGCCCCGAGCUGCACUCAAACGCCACCGUUCACGUAGUCGUAGUAGAUCAGAAUGACAAUGCGCCGGCCGUAAUCGCGCCUCUGGGCAAAAACGGGACAGCCAGAGAGCCUCUGCCUCGUUCAGCCGAACCGGGCUACCUGGUCACACGUAUAGUCGCCACAGACGCAGACGACGGUGAGAACGCGCGUCUUUCCUACAGCAUCCAGCGCGGAAACGAGGACGGAUUGUUUCGCAUGGAUUGGCGCACGGGGGAAUUGCGCACGGCUCGCAGAGUGUCUGCGGCUAAACGGGACGCGCAGCAGCACCAGCAGAGGCGCCUGUACGAGCUACUAGUGGAGGUGAGAGAUCACGGCCAGCCGCCGCUCUCGUGCAGCGCCGUGGUUCAGGUCGCACUGGUGGACGGGCUUCCAGCGGCGGCCUCGGCGGAGGGACGCGGAGGAGGGGGCGGCGGCGAUCGCGAGCGUGGUGGAGCUGCCCGUGCCAAAGACGCGAGCCUGGACCUCACACUCAUCCUGAUCGUCGCUCUCGGCUCGGUUUCGUUUGUCUUUUUGCUCGCCAUGAUAGCCCUCGCCGUGCGCUGCCGCAAAGACAAGAAAUUGAACGUGUACGCGGGAUGCAACGCGUCCUGCUGCCUCUGCUGUGGGCGACAGGCGCGCUCCUCCCGCGGCGUUAGCAGCGGCAACGGUGGCAGCAAGAAGAAGCAGAAGAAGCAGAAAAAACUUAGCAAGUCGGACAUCAUGCUGGUGCAGAGUGCCAACUCGGCAGACGUGAGCGCGCACGCUGGAGUUGGCUGCGGAGUCGGGAGCGCGCAGGUGCCCGUCGAGGAGUCCGGGAGCUUUGGCUCUCUGCGGCGCGGCCAAAAUUACUGCUAUCAGGUCUGCCUCACCCCUGAGUCCGCCAACACCGACCUGCUCUUCCUGAAAGCAUGCGGAGCGGGAGCGAGCCGCGCGGCCACGGACACCGAGCACAGCCCACGAGGAGGAAUACACACCACAUACACGGAGCAACAGCAGCCGGACAUCAUCUCUAACGGGAGCCUUUUAUCCAGCGAGACGAAACACCAGCGGGCCGAGCUCAGUUACCUGGUGGACAGACCGAGGCGUGUGAACAGUUCGGCAUUCCAGGAAGCGGACAUCGUGAGCUCGAAGGACAGUGGACACGGAGACAGUGAGCAGGGAGACAGCGAUCAUGACGCCACGCAUCGUGGGCACUCCUCCGGAGCAGAUUUAUUUUCGAACUGCACGGAGGAGUGUAAGGCGCUGGGCCACUCGGACCGCUGCUGGAUGCCCAGCUUCGUGCCCACCGAGUCUCGGCAGGGCGCCGACUACCGCAGCAACCUGCACGUGCCUGGCAUGGACGCCGUGCCCGACUCUGAGGUAUUUGAGGGUGACGCGUUCACGGGCGAUCAGUCAUUCUCCACGUUCGGCAAAGAGCCGCUCCACACAUACCAACACCAACAGCACCUUCAAGCCUCCACGCUAGACACCAGAGAGCUCCAUGCGCUCCUGUCUAACUCGCGCACGCCUUACAAAGCCAACUAUCUGUCGCGGAAAAGGAUUUGUUAGCUCUUUCCGCGUGGACAUCCCAGAGACGGCGUAAAUUUUUUGCACAAUCAGUCCAACUGACGGAGAAAAAGAGCAUCGUGUUCUCGAGAAUCGAAUCAGACUCUCUUUCCUGAAGUGUGUAUACAGAGGGCAGACGCGGCCCCCAGGGGCCCAAAAAGAGACCGAGAAAGUAAACGGAAUUUCAGGAGACACGCCCAGGACGCAAAGACAAACACACUUCUCAGCGGGACUGAGACGGAUUUAUAACAUUCACACCCACACACACGAGGAAGAGGACGAGGGACCACAAGGAUGACGGACAAUCGUUUCUCCUGGAUCCUGCGUGUGCCUGUUUACAGCAUUAGUGUACAAACGAGAAAAAAACAACAACUACGGAGAUAUUCAAUGAGCCCUUUAGAUGUUUGUACACACACACACACACACACACACACACACACACACACACACACACACACACACACACACACACACACACCAGUACCACCGGAAAGCCAACUGUACAGGAAACUUUGUGCAUUUCAAAUGCAAUAUUACUCUUUUAGACAUGACUGUUUUUUCUAUUUCGUACGUGAGCGUGCGUGUGUGUGUGUACGGUCAGGUGUUUUUUCCUAAAUCUGUACAAUUUUUAUUUCUUUGUUUUCCGGAAAGCAGCGUACCGAAUGGAGCUGUCCUCCGAUUUUGUUAUUUUUUUAUUUUAUUUUAUUUUUUUUUUAGAAGAGCGGUGGCCUAAAUCGUACUCUUUCAGACAUUGCGUAGGUUAUAUCACGUGUGAGACGUCUCAAUUGUACUCUUUUAAGCUUCAAAAAUAAAUAUAAAUCUAUAUCUAUAAAUCUAUAUAUAUAAUUAAUCCUUUUUUUUGUUUUCGAAACGUGUGCUCUCCUUAUGCGGUUCAGCGUCCCGGGAAUUCGUCCGUCCUCGGGUCGGGAAGUCGACGUUUGAAGACGGAAAGCCUUAUCUCCACGCUUCACGCGCCAAUCCUUUUACACUUUUUGGAUAUUCAUCAUGUAAAAAAAAAAAAAAAAGAAUUAUAAUCUAGAUUGGAAUACAUGGUAUUUCUGUGUUACUGUAGCCAAAAAAAUAUGUUUUAAAAGUGAGAGGCCAAAUAUGGAAGGUGCACCAAGUGCAACACACACACACACACACACACACACACACACACACACACACACACCUUACUGCCGAAGGUGACCAAUAAACUGAUGAGUGUAUACUGUAA